GUUAGCAUUAGUUUAUGGACAUUUAAAGAACAGUGCAGGUCUAGCCUACUAUUGUAGGAAGCUAGAUUUAAAUGCACCCCGUAUAAGAGACGAGUAUUUUGUUGUUACCCAACUCUAAUUAAUACAGUAUGUCUUCAGUUCAGGUAUCACCCCUCAACAUGUCCAUACACUGAAAGUGUCUUUACCAAGUGUAAGAGAGCAUCCCCCACCCCCAUGUGUAUCAUCUUCUUCAAGUUUGACCCUCGGCCUGCAUCCAAAAACGCCUACAGGCUAAUUUUGGCUGCAAACAGAGAUGAAUUCUACAACAGGCCAACAAAAGCUGCCGACUUUUGGGCGAGCAACAGCGAGAUCCUCAGUGGGCUGGACUUGGAGGAAGGGAAAGAAGGUGGAUCAUGGCUGGGGAUCAACAAGAAGGGCAAGCUGGCUGCGCUGACCAAUUACCUGGAAGGAAGGCCCAAUCCUGACUUACAAGGAAGAGGGUUCCUUGUGUCCAACUUUCUGACAGACCAGAGCCAGGACAGCUUAUCCUACCUGAAGAAGGUGUCAUUUGAGGGACAUCUGUACAACGGCUUCAACCUCUUGACAGCGGAGUUCAAGGCCAAAGAAGACACUGUGUGUUACUAUGGAAACAGAGGCAGCACCGAACCCGUCCGUCUUAAUCCAGCAGGAAUCUAUGGUUUGAGUAACUCGUUGUUGGAUACCCCAUGGAGAAAGAUGCAGCAUGGAAAGAGACUAUUUACCAGCGUAGUGAACCAGACGCUGCCCCGUGACAGCCUGGUCCAGGACCUGCUCAGUGUCCUCAACAACCAGGAACUGAACACCCCUGACCCGGCCCAAGAGAGCCAGGGUAAAGGCUACAGCCACCACAUGCUCCGGGCUCUGUCCUCUGUGUGUGUACGCUCCGAGUAUUACGGCACGAGGACCAAUACCAUAAUCCUCAUAGAUACAGCAGGGAAUGUGACCUUCACAGAACGAACCAUGCUUGACUGUGAUAUCAGCCGAUGGAGCACAAGUUCUUUCCAGUUCAAACUCCAGGACUAGGGACUACAACAUGGGGGCUCAGUAUGGGAACCACACUUUGUGCCUUUCUGCAUCCUGCGUCGUCUUCACAUACAUGAAGAUUGGUUUUACACUUAAGGUGGUGGGAGGUGCAGCGAAAUAUUGGCACUUUGGAAAGAUGGAUUGAUUGCACUUUUCAAGUAAUUGUCUUUGGAAAAUAUAUUUUUGCUUUGCUUUGUAUAUGUCUGUGAAUUGAUAAAAAUCAGCCAUGUGUGUUAUUUAAUCCUAAAUCUUAUUAAAGUACAUGCUAUUCUUA